AGAAAAUUGGGAAAACCAGAGUGGCUGAAAAGGAUUAAACAAAAAUAAAACUAUUGGUGUAUGAGCCACAAAACAUCGAGGAUGAUGGCAACCAUGACUGCCCCUCCCACCUAUUUCCAAUCCAAACACUGUAAUCAGCAUACUUUUGUAAAGUGCGACAAUGUGUAUGCUCCAAAUUGGCAUUCUUCUAUCAAUCUUUUCUCCACACAACAAAGUUUAGUUGUUAGAACAUUGGACUAUCCCAACUCUCGUGAGAGUUUUGUUAGACCGCUACUUGCUGCUCAGCCAGGUGUAGCAGCUUCGAUAUCAGAUGAGAAUGUGGUAUCUGUAAGAAACGCCAAUGUCAUUGUGGAGGUCCAGGAUGAUGAUAAGAUGCAAGUGAAAGUAGAAUUACCAGGGAAGGAGACACAAAUAGUAUUUGAUAAGGUUUUGACCAAUUUGGCUCGUACAGCACCACCUGUUCCAGGCUUCCGUAGACAAAAAGGAGGGAAAACAUCUAAGGUCCCCAAAAGCUUUCUAUUGUCAAUUAUUGGUGAAGAUCGUGUCACGAAGUUUGUUAUUCAAGAAAUAGUUAGCUCCACUAUGGCGGAUUAUGUGAAAAAGAACAAUAUUCCAGUAAAGGAUAACAAGAUCAACACCAUUCAAACCGCAGACGAGCUACAAUCAUCAUUUAUCCCUGGUAGUGAUUUUGGAUUUAAUGCAACACUUGAGCUUGAGAAACCAGAUACAGAAACAAGUAGCCUUGACUCAUCUGAAGAUGCGGAAACCACUAGCCAAGACUCGUCUUAAUUCUUAAGCAUGAAACUGACAGAUACUUUCACAUUCUUCAGAACUAUUCCCAAAGUACUUGCCCAAAGGAAUGUAUGUUUUAACUUACAUGUAAAGGACCUGUAAAAUGCAAUCUUUCAUCUCCACAAAAAUUGUGAUGAUAUUUUCUUUG